AUGUUCGUGUGUCUGUGUCGUCUUUCCGGGUUUCCGGCGCUCACAUGUCCCCCGGACGACCGUCCCCCUCCGAGGAGCACCAGGGACGAGCUCCCGGUUGGCAUCCUGUGCUUCAACCUGGAGACCAUGCACGUGACGUGGAACGCCCACGACGCCGGCGGCGCCAACCUGACGUUCAUCUACAGGUUUGCCCCCGAGCCGUUCCGGCCGUGCCCAAGCUACAUGCUCCGCGGGGGCCUCACGGCGGGUUGCGUGUUCCCGGCACGGUUGGCGCUGCUGGACUUCUCCCUCCUGGACGGCAACAUCACGCUGCUCAACGAGAAGCACUUCGCCUCUCAGUACCUGCAGCCGCGGGCCCCGAGCAACGUGUCCUUCACGUGGCGGAACGACGGCGUCACGGUGACCUGCACCGACCUCCCGCUGCAGGGGCUGCGCUACGAGGUCCAGCACCGCAGCGCUGAGGACCCUGACUGGCAGUCCCGGGAGGAGAACACGUGUGACAUCACGGUGCCAGGCCUGGACUCCGAGCGCUGCUACGACUUCCGGGCCCGUGUGACUACACGACCGUCCAUCUACGGCGCCGACGCUCGGCCCAGCAGCUGGACGGACGUGACGCACUGGCGGGGUGCCAGACGCACAGAGUCCUGCACGGCACAGCCUGCUGAGAGCGCGUUCCCCGCGCUGAGCGUCGCGCUCGGCCUCCUGACGGCGCUCGGGGUGCUGGGGCUGUGCGCGCUGGCCAGGGUCUGGAAGCGCCUGCUGCCCGGCGUGCCCGACCCCAAGUGCAGCUUCCCUGGGCUCUUCGACCAACACGACGGAAACUUCCAGGAGUGGAUCAGCGACACCGAACGCGUGGCGCCACUGCCCAGAGACGGCAAAGGCCAGGAUGGCGGCGCGGAGGAGGUGCUGCUCGUACAGCUCUGCGAUGCCGAGGCGCAGCCCGCCCCGCAGACUGAGGUGCUGUGUGCACAGUCGCUCUGUCUCCCCCGCCGGGGCGCGCAGCCCGGAGACGCGGUGGCACUGGGCGGCUUCACAUUUCUGGUGAAUGAAGACGCUUACAUGGUGCUAUAACUGAGUCCUCGUGGGGGUCCAAGUGAGGGUCCUGGGCCCAGGAAAGAUCCUGGUGGGUCCAGCAAUUAUGUUCAGGAUGUGGCUCAGUUCUCAAGUGCUUGUACUCAGUGGGUAGAGUGCUUGUAGCUCAGUGGGUAGAGUGCUUGUAGCUCAGUGGAUAGAGUUCGUAUUGGAACAGUCUCUCCUUCAAGGACGUGCCCCAAGGAAGUCACUUCCUCCCAGUAGCUAAGUCCCCCGAACUCGCUAAGUCCCCCCACCUCCAUGGAUGAACCUGCCGAUGACGUCAGAACCCUAAUGACGGCAAUACCUCCUACUGAUGACGUCAGAUACCUCAUGAUGUGAUCACCUCCCAAAGACCAUAGCACUGGGAGACCAAGACUCCUAGAGAACAGACUUUGAGGAAGAUCAUACAGCCCGGAAAAGGGAGACAGAAGAGACUGGGGUCCCAAUGUCUCCUUCAAGGACACGCCCUCAUGACGUCAGACCCUCAAUGAUGUCACUUCCUCCCACGAGUCCCCUUGCCCUCAUUUCCCCCACCUCCCCAAACCUCAGUCGGAUCGUCCACGAACA